AUCAACCUUUGCCAUCAUAACAAUCGUCACCUAGACACACUUUCAUCAACCUUCAACCCUCACACACCAACACCAUCACAAUGAAGUACUCUUUCGUCUGCGCAGCCCUCGCCGCCUCGGCCGUCAACGCCCAGAUUCUCUCCGACAUCACUAGCGGAGCUGGAAGCAUCAUUGGUGCUGGCACCAGCGGCGCCGGCUCCGUUAUCUCUGCAGCUACCUCUGGAGUCGGUCAGGGAAUCUCGGGAGCCUCAUCUGUGGCAUCUGCCGGAGUGAGCGGCGCCUCAUCAGUCGCCAGUGCAGGCACAUCCGGAGCUGCUGGUGCUCUUACCACCCUUACCGGAUCUGCUUCCAGCGGUCUCUCCUCAGUCUCAUCUGGCCUCGCUUCCCAGUCCUCGGACUACUCUAUGCGCAUCAGCUCUCUCUCGGCUGCUGCUGCCACUGCCACUGGGUCCGCCCAGUCUUCUCUCAGCUCUGAGGCCGCCGCUCUCCAGUCAUCGGCUUCAUCUGCUCAGUCCUCCGGAUCUGGUGCCUUGAGCUCUGCUUCCUCUCGCAUCUCGAGCGCCGUCUCAUCCGCUUCAUCUCGUGCUUCAUCUGCCGGUUCCUCGGCCGCCUCAUCUGGCUCCAGCCGUGCCUCAUCCGCCGCAUCAAGCGCUUCUUCAGCUGCCUCCACUGGCGGUGCUCCUUACACUGGACCUGCUGUCGGUGGUGUUCUUGGAGCAGCUCUCGGCUUUGCCGCUCUUCUCUAAACAAAUCGCCCAUUAAACAUCAGAACACAACCAAAAGCCUGCUUUGCUUGCAAGCACCGCGUUGAGAGAUGGAGGAGAUUUUCUUUUUCACGAAUUGCUACGUCUGUACACUAUGCCCCAGCAUAACCUUCUGUAAUAAACUCAUUGGUUGACCACGUUGUUGGUUGACUGAUCAAUGAUUCAAACAUUAUACCCGCUAA